AUGGAGCAAAUCGCCCAGGACACUCGAUUAUUAGUCGCUGCUUCGGCAUUGUCUGCCGUCGGCGCUGCUGUUGUUGGCGUGAAGCUGUUCAGCUUCUUAAAGACCUUGCUUGAACUCUAUGUCUUGAAGGGUGUUUCGCUCAAGAAGUUCGGUGCUGGCAAAGGCUCAUGGGCUGUAAUUACGGGCGCGUCUGAUGGCAUUGGCAAGGAGUUUGCACAACAAUUAGCAAAGAACAAAUUCAACGUAUUGCUCGUCUCGCGCACUGCCUCGAAACUUGAAGCUAUUGCCAAGGAAAUUGGCGAUCAAUAUGGUGUGGAGACCAAGACUUAUGCAAUGGACUUUACCAAGGGUGACAAUCAAGAUUUUGCUCGUCUUGGUGAUAUGAUGAGCAGCAUCCGUGUUGGCGUAUUAGUUAACAAUGUCGGUACCAACCACGAUAUCCCUACGCCAUAUGCCGAAGAAAGUGACAAAGUCAUUGAAGAUAUCAUUGAAGUCAACGUCAAGAGUGCCCUCAAGAUGACCAAGCUUGUUUUGCCACAAAUGCAGACCAAUCGCUCCGGUCUUAUCCUCAACUUGGGUUCGUUCGCUGGCAUGGUCCCUAGCCCAUAUCUCUCAGUUUACUCUGGCGGCAAGGCCUUCUUGUCGACCUGGACCCAGGCACUUGCAAAGGAAGUUGAAAACCAAGGCAUCAUUGUGCAAAACGUCAACACCUACUUUGUCGUUUCUGCCAUGAGCAAGAUCCGUCGUCCUUCGUUCCUUAUCCCAUUGCCCAAGCCCUAUGUUGCCAGUGUCUUGUCCAAGAUUGGCUUGCCAUGCGGCUCCAAUGUCCCUAAUACCUCGACCUCUUAUGCUAGCCAGGGUCUUGCCAACUGGUUCAUGAACUUGUUGCCCCCAAGCUUCUGGAUCACUCAGAACUUUAACAUUCAAAAGGACGUUCGUCGACGUGCUUUGCGUAAGCGUGAGCGUGAGGCCGCCGCUGCCGUCGCCGGUGGUGCAAGCAAAACACAAUAA